GUUCUUAUCGUCUCUGGUUAUUGGCGUUCGAACCGAUUAGAAAAUUCAUUUCUUUACCUUGUGUAUGAGACCGUUUUUUGUAUAGGUGACUAGUGUUUAUUUUGUUUUAUUGCUGGACCGUUCAGUAGUUGGUUAUUGUGAUCGUGUUAAUUUUCUCGCUGUCAUUGUUCAAAAACAAGAAUAUUUACAUCGGUAUGAUUAACCCACAAGAUCUAAAAAAAGAACAAAUUGUCGAAAGUCAAUGUCUCACGAAAGCCAAAAUAAGAAAAUGUACUUUCUUAUGCACAAUCGAUAAUUACUCGGUUGUCGCUCGGAGAAGAGGAGAAAUAUUGAAAUCGUCAGCGUUUUGUGCUACUAAUGAUGACUUCAAGUGGCAUUUGGAACAUUCACUUAGUGAUCCAAACGUGAAUUCGGCUUAUGCUGCACUCGAAUUAUGUCCCAAUUCUAGAAAAGAUCUUGAAAAGCACGGUUCGGUAUCUGGAAAUGUGGAAAUUUCUGCGCUGAAGCCUGAUCAAAGCAAACUUACAACCGAAACCACUAACUUCACUUUUAAGUUUAACGAUAACGAGGAGAAUCUUAAAUGUAAAUUCAAAUACUUUAUCGCUAUGAAUUACAUGGAGCAAGAGGAAUUUCAAGACCAAUUAACGAUUCUUUGCGAACUAAGCUAUGUAAAAAGUUGCGACAUUGUGAACGUUUCUUCUCCAUAUUGUUCGAGUUCAAUUGAAAUUCUUGAAUCUAGCCUCCCAAAAGACUUGGGACGAUUAUACAUCGAUGGCCGUUUCAAAGACUUGAAAAUUUCAGUCAAACAGAAAAAUUAUCUUGUUCAUAAAGCUAUUCUAGCUAUUCGCAGUUCGGUUUUCAACGCCAUGCUCGGAAACGAUAUGCAAGAAAGUAAUAAAAAUCACAUUGUCAUCAACGAUAUAGAAGAAGAAAUAUUUGAAGAAAUGUUACACUACAUUUAUACCGGAACAACAAAAAAUUUGGACGAAUUAGCCUUCGAAUUGCUACCAGUAGCAGAUAAAUACCACCUCAAAGAGUUGAGGAUCAUGUGUGAAAACGUUCUGUUAAAGAAAUUAUCUACAGACAACGCUGUCAAGAUUUUAAUAUUGGCUGAUAUGCAUCAUGCUGAAGAAUUGAAGAAGGAUACUCUUGAAUUUAUCAAAGAGCAUUACGCUGAUUGCGAAGAUUUAAAAAAUGCUAACGUUUGGAAUGAUUUAACAAGCUCUCGUGCUGAAUUAUUGAAAGAUAUGUUGAAUGCUUUUUGUAAGAUUUAAAGGAUUUUUGUAACGUUUAAUUUAUAUAAAGAACCAAUAUUUUGAAACAUGAAUAUAAUUCAAUGUGAAAUCCUUUUUUAUUGGUUCAUCGACUCAUCGUAGAUACAUAGGUACUCGAAUAUAUUUUGUUACCUAUACAAUAUCUACUCGAAUAUAGGUAGUGUAAGAUUUAUGGGUUUAGGUAGUCUAUGUACUAAGAUUGUAAUGUAGGCCUAGUUAGCGUUUUAAUCGAUUUAUUUUAAAAAUGUGCCAAAAUAAUAAUCAAAAACUUAUUAAAUUUCUUGUAAAGUUUGGCAAUUAUUGCAUAAA